AUCCUUUGACUACCUGGUACUCCAGGUUUUUGGCAUGAGUUCUCACACCUGCCUUCUAUUCUCAUAUUAAGGAGGUGUAACUCCCCUAAAGUCACACAAUUCUACCUUUAUCCCCAUCUCAGCAUGGCCAUCCCAAGAGUCCAUGUCAAUGAGAAAAGCCCCCUGGGCGAGAACACCAACACAAAAGAUAGCGGCAUCGACAAGCGACAAUCGGCACAAAUCAUUGCCCCAACGCGAAAGUCACUACAUCAGAACAUCUUUGGGAAGCUCCGUCCUCUGCCUUUCCAGUAUCACUGGACAGUCUGGUAUGACAGGCAUUCCGACUCCACCGACUACGAUAACAGGCUGUACGUCCUUCAUGAAGAUGUCGCCGAUAUUGCGACCUUCUACCGGGUUUACAACAACUACCCAUGGGAGAAGAUCCGGCUCAGAGACACGGUGCAUAUCUUUCGCAAGGGGGUGCGUCCCGUGUGGGAAGAUCAGGAGAACCUGAAGGGAGGAUGUUGGAGAUUCCGUGUGCCGAAGAGUAAAGCCCAGGAGUUCUUCCAUGAGAUUGCUAUUCUCUGCAUGGCAAAUGAAUUUCAGGCCGUCCUUGAGCAGGAACAUGACCAUGUUCUCGGGGUUUCAACCUCAGUCCGGUUCAACACUCAUCUGAUCUCGGUUUGGAACAAGCUUGGCUCCAAUGAACGUUCUAUCAAGGCAUUGGAAAGAACUAUCCUCGACCGGUUGUCGCCGGAACUACGACCCACUGGGACGGGGUCCAAUGCGUAUUUCUAUAAGCGUCACGAUGAGAACGACGGAUAUCAAGAAGCUGUUGAGCGAGCUGCCUCGAAGGACUGAGGGAUUCUUUUAAAUACGCUGUGUUGUACUAGAAUAGUUGAUACUCUUUCUCGCUCCGGUCUGGUUUCAGGGACUUCUCUGUUUAUGCGCUACUGGCAUAGCGCUGUUUAAGAUAGGUCCAAAUUCUGAACCGCUC